UCUUCUUCUUCUUCUUCUUCUUCUUCUUCUUUAGCUCGUACCUGGAAAUACAAUGUCUUCACAAGCUUCCACGGACCAGACGUACGCAAAACAUUUCUCAGUCAUUUACGCAAACAGUUUACUUACAAUGGAAUCACAAUGUUCGAUGAUCAAGCGAUCGAGAGAAGCCAAAUCAUCGCUCCAUCUCUCACCGACGCGAUUCGAGAAUCGAGGAUCUCCAUCGUUCUCCUCUCGAAGAACUACGCUUCUUCAAGCUGGUGUUUGGAUGAGCUGUUGGAGAUUUUGAACUGCAAAGAAGAAUUUGAGCAAAUUGUUAUGACUGUUUUCUACAGCGUAGAUCCUUCUGAUGUCCGCAAACAAACCGGAGAUUUCGGUAGUGUUUUUGAUGAAACUUGUGUGAGUAAAACAGAGGAGAAGAGGCGAAAAUGGAGUCAAGCUUUGACCUAUGUUGGUAACAUAGCUGGAGAACACUUCCAAAACUGGGACAAUGAAGCAGAAAUGAUUGAGAAGAUUGCAAUUGAUGUUUCAGAUAAACUCAAUGUUACGCCGUCGCGAGAUUUUGAUGGCAUGGUUGGAUUAGAUGAUCAUUUGAGAAAAGUUGAGUCUUUGCUUGAUUUAGGUUAUGAUGGAGUUAAGAUUGUUGGGAUCUCUGGUCCUGCAGGGAUUGGUAAGAGUACCAUUGCUAGAAGUUUAUAUAGUAUGGUAUCUAAAACGUUUCAGCAUACUUGUUUUAUGGAUAACCUUCGUGAGAAUUAUAAGGUUGGUGUUGUUGAGUAUGGUUUGAAGUUGCGGUUACAAGAGCAACUUCUUUCGAAGAUUUUGAACUUAAAUGGUGUUAGGAUAAGCCAUUCGGGUGUGAUACAAGAAAGGUUACAUGACCAGAAGGUUCUUAUUAUUCUUGAUGAUGCUGAGAGUUUAGAUCAACUUGAGGCUUUGGCUGAUGUUAGAUGGUUUGGUCCGGGUAGUAGGGUGAUUGUGACUAGUGAAAACAAAGAGGUUUUGCAGCAACAUGGUAUUAGUGAUAUAUACCAAGUGGGUUUUCCAUCGGAAGAAGAAGCUUUAAUGAUCUUGUGUCAAUCUGCUUUUAGACAAAUCUCUCCACCGAAAGUGUUUAGGAAUCUUGCGAUCGGAGUUACUAGGAUUUGUGGUAAUCUUCCAUUGGCUCUGCAUGUUUUGGGUUCGUCGUUGCGGGGAAAGAACUAUGUUGACUGGAUAGAAGAACUACCGAGAUUGCAAACUUGUCUCGAUGGAAGAAUUGAGAGUGUGUUGAAAGUGGGCUAUGACAGUUUACAUGAGAGAGACCAAGCUCUAUUUCUCUUCAUUGCAGUCUUCUUCAAUCUUAAACAUGUUGAUUAUGUGAAAUCCAUGCUGUCAAAAACUAAAAUGGAUGUUAGACUUGGGUUAAAAAUAUUGGCCAAUAGACAUCUCAUCCAUAUAGGUCAUGGCGCUAAGAGUAUAGUUGUAAUGCAUCGUUUGCUACGAGUAAUGGCUAGAGAAGUUAUAUCCAAACAAGAGCCUUGGAAACGCCAGAUUCUCGUAGAUACACAAGAGAUUUGUUAUGUUUUGGAAAAUGCUGAAGGUAAUGGAUCAAUUACGGGUAUAUCACUUGACGUAGCGGAGAUCAACAAAUUAUCAAUAAGCGCAAGGGCUUUCGAAAGAAUGCAUAAUCUUUUCAUCCUAAAAGUUUACGACCGGUGGUUUACUGAAGAAAAACAACUGAACAUUCACAUUCCAGAGGAUAUGGAUUUUCUUCCUCGCCUAAGGUUACUACGUUGGGAUGCAUACCCGAGAAGGAGUCUUCCUUCAAGAUUCUGCCCAGAAAAUCUCGUGGAGCUCGACAUGGCGUCUAGCAAACUCGAGGAGCUAUGGGAAGGAACUCAGCCGCUUGCAAAUCUCAAGAAGAUGAAACUCUCUAGGUCAUCUUGGUUGAAGAAACUUCCAGAUCUUUCAAAUGCUACAAAUCUAGAGAGAUUGGAUCUGUAUGAAUGCAUCGCUUUGGUAGAGCUUCCAUCCUCAAUUUCAAAUCUUCGUAAGCUAGAUUCCUUAGAGACGAAUCAUUGCAGAAGUCUAAAAGUCAUUCCAACUCUAAUAAACUUGGAAUAUCUCAAAGAAAUCAAGAUGAUGGGAUGCUUACAGUUGAAAAGUUUUCCGGAUAUUCCCACCAACAUCACUAAGCUCUCUGUAAUGGAGACAAUGGUUGAAGAAUGUCCUGAAUCACUUCGGCAUUUGUCGUGUCUCGAGUCUUUUGAUAUAAGUGGCAGUGUAAAUCUCAAGACCUUUUCAACGCAUCUCCCCACGAGUUUGAAAGAGCUACACCUAGACAAAUGUGGUAUUGAGAGUAUUGCAGACUGCAUCAAAGGUCUUCAUAAUCUACGUGUCCUUGCUUUAACAUACUGCAAGAAACUCACGUCAUUGCCAAAGCUCCCCGGUUCGCUCGAAUGGCUACGUGCAAACCAUUGUAAAUCAUUGGAGAGAAUAAGUGGCCCUUUAAACAUUCCAGAUGCAGAGCUAGAUUUCUGCAACUGCUUCAAAUUGGGUCAACAAUCACGUCAAGAGAUUAUUCAAAACUGGUUUGAGAGCGGGCGGGCUAUCUUACCAGGAAGAAAAGUACCUAAAGAGUUCCAUCACCGAGCCAAAGGAAAUAAGUUAACAAUUCCUCCUUCUGCUUUCCACAAGUUGAAGGUUUGUAUCGUGAUUUCGACAGAGUUCGAUCCGAAAACCAGAGAUUCUACUAUAGUUUCAAGACUAUUGUGUCGUUGCAUAGUCAUUGGCAACUCAGUACACUCCACUGACAUCAAGUUUAUCCUACACGAUGUCUACAAAUACCGAAUGGAACAUCUGUUUAUAUUUCAUAUAUUGGACAUCUAUCCGUCGCCAUUUUUUAGCCCUUCUAGCAGAGAGAUAGUGCUCGAAUUCAGCAGCAUAGGCCAAGUUUUCGACAUUAUUGAAUGUGGUGUCCAGAUCUUGACUGAGGAACCAGACAUAAACAACAAUGAGGGAUCUGGAGAUGAAGAUGACCUAUGGGAUACACAUGUAUUCGACGAAUUAUCAGACAAGGAAGAAAAAGACGAUCACAGUGUAGCGUCCAAAGACAAAGAUGAGGAUGUCACAGAGGACAGUAACUUAGAAUCCAUGUCCAAGAAGAGGACGAUGACAAGUACUACUACUACGAAUCUGAAGAAAUGGGUUCUCUGCAUUUUUCUUCUUUUGUUUUUGUUAAAGUUGUCCAUCUUACUUUGAUCUUCUCUAACAUUAAGACAAUGUCGUACCACUGUACAAGUUCCUUUACUACUUAGUGUAUGUAGAUUAACAACAAAACUAACAAUAUGUCUUGUUAAUAUGUUUUUGUUCAUUCGGUUCA